UUUUCCGUGCUUUGGCUACCCUUUUUCGAUUUCAGUCUUUGUGUAACUAGGCACCAACCUUUAGGCAAGCUCCCCGGACACGUUCCUUCCCUCUUGGAAGCUCAGAAUAUCUGUGGUUGACGGUUCAACGUCCCCACUUAAUGUAGCUACCUUUGUGGCAGGAGACGGCAUCUGUGCUUCCUCUUGCGAAGUCUCUUGCCCUACCCCAUGCCAUUACGAGUCGGGGUGACUCUUUCCUGGGCGUUACUACUUACGUGGCAUACAGUGGAUCUGUGGCAUGGACAAUUUUUUCUGUCAACGGUUGGCUGUGUUGGUUAUACCGUCCACGCCAGUUACGCUUUUCUUUUCGGUCAGCAUCGCGUCCUCAACAACCACACCCUUUCCGCCGUGGAGGGAUCACCAUAAGCCCUACAAUGGGGCAACGGCAUGAGGCAGUUAGACGGCCCCGGAGGUUAGGCAGGUGCUUGAGUCCCUGUGCCCAAGCCUCUCUCGGGCGGAAACUCGCCUUCCAUAGAUGCUUCAUAUAGCCUACCGCUACUCCCACAUUCGACGCUCACAACUUAUUUACGCGGAUGUUGGGGGUGGCGAUAAAAAAAAACCACGCCCAUGCACUACAGAACUACUCCAGAAAGCCCGCCGCUCGCCGCUGGCCGCAUGUUCAGCGUAGUGGCCGAAGCAUGUAGACCUAAGGUAAUUUAGUUCUAGUUACGAUUAUACCAAGCCAC